AUGCAUGAAAACAAAACUGCCCAACAACAACUAGAAUUUAGUGCCAUCUCAAAUGAAUUUGUAGAUAAAAAACUUAAAAAUUUAGACAUAAAAAAGGCAACAGGAAUAGAUGGCAUAUCAGUUAAAGUUCUAAAACUAGCACAACCAGUUAUCACAAAACCAAUAUUUGAAUUGAUAAACAAGACUAUAAAAUCAGCCACUUUUCCAGACAAAUUCAAAGAGGCACAAGUUGUACCAUUGCAUAAAAAGAACAAUGUACUUGAUGUGGGCGACUAUAGACCAGUAAGUAUAGUUCAAGCAAUUUCAAAAAUGUUUGAACGAGCAAUUUACAAACAGCUAGUUGAAUACUUCAAUACACGUUUUCAUCCAUACUUGUCUGCUUUUCGACCAAAAUAUGGAUGUCAAACUGCUCUACUCGGGAUUAUAGAGGACUGA